AUGCCUCCCAAGUCAUCCUUGCAGGGCAUGGUCGCUGCCUACAGCCUUCUCUUUCGUGCACUUGUACCUUCCAUGGUGCUUGCGUCGCCACUGAACUUCUCAAUUCGCCAACUGGAGUGGAAGAACUGCUCUACCGACAGUGCCCCAUCUUUGCAAUGUGCCGAGGUGCAGGUUCCUCUGGAUUGGAAUAAUCCAUCGGGCCGCCAGAUCAACCUCUUUAUCAACAAACAGCCUGCGGUCAAUGCGGAAAAGCGGAUCGGCAGCUUGUUCUUUCACCCUGGCGGUCCUGGCGCUUCUGCGGCCGAGAGGGUAGCAAAGAUGGACAUGCCCGACUACCCACACCACUCGCAACAACUGCGGGAAGUCUUUGACUUGAUCGGGGCCGACCAGCGUGGCUGUGGCCAGAGCAGUCCAGUAAAAUGCGACGUGGACCUCUUGAACGUCGCGAUGCGCCACGACCAACUCCCAGCCAGCCGCGACGAAUGGGAGGCUGGGGUCGAGGCUUUCGAUGCCUUCGGACAGUCGUGCCUUGAGCAAACGGGCGAAGAACUGCUUAGCAACAUGGACACGAUCAGUGCUGCUAAAGACAUGGAAGCUAUACGCACAGCCAUCGGGGAGAAGUUGACAUACUGGGGCUCGUCAUACGGCACCCAACUAGGUUACACAUAUGCAGAGCUGUUUCCCGAUAACAUCCGGGCGAUGGUGCUCGAUGGUGUCAUCGACCACUCUUACACGCUCGCCCAGGUCGGACAUCAUGCUACCGCCCGGGCCGUUCUCGUACUGGAACACUUCUUUGAGUGGGCGGGCAACGAUUCGGCGUCCCCACUCCGUGGCGAGGACGUCUUGCACAUAUACAACCAUCUGCGAGGGCAAGCGCAGAAAGAACCGCUUGCUGCGCCUGGCUGCAAAGACUCGGGAUUCUGCGCUACCGGAGUCACUGAUUGGGAAUUCCGGAGCAACUUGGUACUGGCGCUUAAGUACCCGGAAAACUACCCAGCAGCUGCGCAAUGGCUUGCCGAAGCAAUGGAUGGCAAUGCGACGGGGCUGGCGACGCCUUUCGUGUCCAAAGCGACUGAGUGGCUGUUAGCUCACGCUGCCAUCGCAUGUAUCGAAUGGUCUCUUGAGGAGGGAACCUGGGAGGUACAUAGCAACAGAAGAAACUCGCGAGACUCUCUUUCGCCGUACGGAUGGUUAACAACACCCGAAACACAGUGGGCACAGUGGUGCCGACGCUGGCCGAUCCCCGUGCGAAAUCCACCAAAGCCGAUCAAGGUUCCGACGCUGACCGCACCAGUUCUACUGGUGCACGCCUUGUGGGACACCGCCACUUCGUACGACCAGGCUGUGUCGGUGCAGCAGAAGAUACCGGGUAGCAGACUCCUAACCCGGCGCGGUGACGGUCAUGGCAGCUUUGCCAACCAUGGACAGACCAAGAUAUGGAUGGAGAAGUUCAUGGUAGACCUGGAGCUGCCGGAAGUUGGUACAGUCUUGGACGACUGA